AUGCGGCAGUCGACGCCCAUUUUCUGGGUUGUCCAGGCCUGUCUAAUAUGGCUGACACUGGUAUCGGCGUCGCCUGUCAUUUCUGAUUUGGUGUCGGACUCCAAUGUCUCUGCAAUUCAGGCCCGUGACACAAAGCCGUUUCCGCUGAGAAUUCUGCCGCUCGGCGCUUCUAUUACUAUGGGGUACACGUCGAAAGAUGGAAAUGGAUAUCGGAAAUGGCUUCGAGAGCAAUUGCGUUAUGCUGGCUGGGAGGUUGAUAUGAUUGGCACUAUGAAGAAUGGUACUAUGCAUGAUAAUGACCAUGAUGGACAUAUCGGCUGGAGAAUCGAUCAAAUAGCAGCUCACGCCAAGACGAUCAUCUCACAGCAACCUAAUCUAAUUCUUCUCAACGCUGGUACAAAUGACGCUCUACAAAAUUACGAAGUAGAUACCGCAGGCGAGCGGAUGGACUCUCUCUUAACAUACCUCUUCAACUCUAUCCCCAACACAACCAUCAUCCUAUCAACUCUCACAUUCAAUGGAAAAGCACCCGAAUCAGCCACAGAUAUCAGCAUGCAAUAUCUAAAACUUGCCGCAAAACGCCGAGCACAAAAUGACAGACUAGUCGUAGCUGAUAUGAGCACUUUCAUUCAGUGGGACCAACUCGUGGAUAAAAUUCACCCGACAGCCACUGGCUAUAAGGAGAUGGCAUCAGUGUGGUGGGCAGCCAUUCAAGAUGCAGAGAAAGAAGGCUUUCUCGAGGCACCGAAGUCGACUUCUGCGUUAAAUGGUACUAUCAGCAAGACCGUUGAACAUGAACUCGAUGAUAGUACUGCUAAUCCAAGUCUGCCUGCAUACACGGCCCCGCCUCAGCCUACCAUAGCGGUUAGUAACGACUCGACUCGAUCUGGGUGGCAUCUCUGGGCUAUUGGAUUCCAGAUCAUUAUGGGUAUGUUCCCCGUUUCUCUCCUGUACAACUUGGGCAAGACUAACAUUAUCUAG